AACAAUAAUCGAUUACGCGACAAUAAUUGAAGAAGAUUGUUUGCAUCGUCAAUAAACGCAUCAAGCGACAAUAGAAUUCAACGACGCAGACUGUGUUUGAGAACUUGAGAACUUAAAGCAGUGUUUGAGAGUGUUGCAAGAGUCACUGUGAAAACAGACAUGUUUUGGAUCGAGCCCGACGAGGAGGAGGAGGCGUUGCUAUGCAGCCCUGCUCUGAUGGCCAGGCGGGCCUCGGAGUCCUGGAUCGUUGCACCUCCCGUGGAGGCGAUGCCGGUGGCGGCAAUGCCUGCCCUUCAACGAAAGAAGUCACUGCCGGACGUGGCGCAGCCGAUCCACCUCAGAGCCACGGCGCCAUUGUCGAGGGAAGAAGUCAGCAUCCUGAGCAGUCUCAGGAGAGAAGAGAUCCGCAGGCAGAUUGACGAGAGCGAGAGACUCAGGGCUAAUCCGCUUUUGUACCUAGUCAGUCCUCAAGUUAAGGACUGGUUCUCUCGACAGCAGCUGGUGAUGCUGGUGCUCUUCAUCAACAUAUCUCUAGCUUUGAUGUUCUUCAAGCUGCUGACGUAGCAGCCAGCCGACAAUCGGGUUCACGGACUUGUGCUGGACGUGACCUGAGAUCCGGCGGCGUCGCGACGCCUUUGGUCGUCACCGAAUCAGAAUUUUGAUGGAAAACGACGGAGGAUAUAUGGCCGCACCAAGAAUCGCUGGAAAUGACUUUCACGAGCGAUUCACUCGGUCUUACGCGUCGCGUGGGCUUCACGAGAGACAAAGGAGGAUAUUUGGAUUGGGACCGACGCGAGGAGAGGAUUCAAAGAGGAUCAACGUCGACAAGGAUCUUGUUGCGUAGAGGCGAUCAUAAUCGAUCUCCAAAUAAUCGCGAGAAUCCGAGUAGACGAGAGCAACGGAGGGAGCAAUCGAGACGAGAACGUUCUUCUGAGAUACAGGUAUCGCAGAGAUCUGCGAUACUGCUAAAUUCACGAUUGUAAAUUAAAAAGGGCUUAAGCGUCAGAAAUACGAAGAGAAUUUAGGAGUAAUACGAACUUUCGAGUGGCUUACGGAGACAAAAUCUAAUAAUCUGCCCAUGAUAAAAUUUUUUGCAGUACGAAAAUUUGACGCUUGAAUCCCUUUUUAAUUGGCAGAGCUUAGUAUUUUGGAAAAUCUUUGGGAAAAAAAAGAUGAAACUCCUGAGCGCAGUUUGUUCUUCGCGCAAGGAGACAUCGACAACACAUUUUUUGGAAAUGAGCGCGUUGCGCACAUCCAACGCCUGUGUAUCAUAUAUACCUAUUUUUACACUAAAUAUUUUAAUAUUACUUGUAAAAAAAGGAGUAGGUCGAUCGUACCUGAUGCGGUACGCGCGUACGAAUCCUUCUCUUCAUUAGUCAUAAUUAUUCUUUUUGGGCGAUCAGCUCGAGUGCAGUGACAGCGACGAUCGAAGUCGAUCGAUUUUUGGACAAGUUAGCUUAUAUGCCCAAAGAUAUGUCGAGCACUUUUCUCGACGAUUCUCAAGAAUUAAGGCUGACGUUGUUUGAUUUAAGGCGACUUGUAAAGUCGAAUUAUCCGAAUCGUGUUUUAACUAUUUUCCUAAACGUAGCGAUUGUAAUCUAGCAAUGAUCGUAAUUGUAGCCGUAAUUGAUGCCGACGCGUGCAACGUAAAGGAUAAAUUCAUGAACGCGUAUCCGAGCAUUUAUAGUGUUCCAAGACGAUUACUCGUAAAUCGUAAUCGUGAAUUUGUAAGUCGUAAGCUUGCCGUAAAGUUGUCGUAAAGAAGAAAUGUAGAAGGUUCGUAGUCAUCUAACUUUGACGAGAUCCGCGGAAUUAUAGUUACAAUUACUGUCGUUGAGAGAGAAUACGACGAGCGAGAUUUGAAUUCUUCGUCGUACCGCCUCUCCUCUCGAUCACGGAAUUGUCCAGCGAGCCAAUAGUAAAAUGUGUCGAUACGAUAUUAAGCCGCGCACAAGUUGCGAGAAAUGUUUUCGUUACGAAUAUACGACUUCGCAUUUGAUGAGAGAUCGAAGGUCGCACGUUUCUAAUCGUCGACGCAAAAAAUCGACGUUGUUUUUUCCGAGGCUUUGUACAUUCUGCGUCUACGAAUGAUAUUAACUUUGAAAUUGCGAAUGACUCAUAUCACGAUAAUCAAAUCGCGUGCGCUCGUGAUAAGAUCGUUCAUUUAAGACGCAAAAACGCGAUUUCCAUAAGUGAGGCGACUUUUGUGCGAAAACUAGAAGCAGAUUAAGUACGAUUUCGCUUUCGAUGAAAUUUCGUAGGAAUAUUUUGGAAAGAGAAAAUUAUCUCUAGCAUAAACUAUAAUAUUUGAUUCACGAUAUCUGCAAUUGCGUUUAUCUGUAUUCUACAAAAAAAACGCACAAACGCGAGAAUUAGCUUUUACCUUAUGUUUUCUCGUCCGCGAAACGUUUGCGACGAAUCGAUGAUCGGCCUUGCUGCACUCGAACAAUCGCAUUUUUCUAGCCUCGAGGGCAUAGCUUGUAUAUCUCUAGAUAAAUUUGUAAAUAAUCUUGUAAACGUCGAUUGCGCAGAAUUUGUCCACACUACGCGAUACCGUUCUCGCGCUCUCGAUACAAGUUUGGCCGAAAAGCGAGGAACGAAUUCAUGUCGAGGUCAUCUUUUGUCUCGUUCUUUUUUCAUAGCAGAACUAAGCUUCCUAUCCUGCUUUAACAGUGCCAAUGACAUAGCCAGCGUACUUCCGCGAGAGUAAAUUUGAUUAGCGGUACAACCGAAAAUCCCACUUCGAGCGCGAGCACGCGAUGCGAAGUGGCUCGAAGAUAAGAUAAAGCGAUCGAGAUGCAACGGGACGAUAUUUUCGAUGCGAUCCGCAUAUAAAGAGCAUAAGAAAACAAGAACACUCAUCCGCUAUUUGUUUCAAGGCGGACCGUUUUCUUGGGUAUGUCGGACAAAUAAGAUCGCUAGAUUCGUAUUGUUGGGUUUACGUUUGACACUUAUUACACGACACUUUGUGCUUGACAGUAAUACAGUAAUUUAAAUACCAAAAGAAUUGUUUCGGACAUUACACUACUAAAUACGAGAAUGCUGUGCAAUAAAGGGAUGCUGAACUGAGAGAUAUCUGUCGGAUAGAAAUGUCAAACGUAAACUCAGUUUACCUAAAGGCGAAUGCGAGCCUCCUCACUUUAGGGAGGUGAAAUCGAAAAGAGGCGCAAAAUGUUGUCGAAUAAUUCUGAAUUGCAAGGACUGAAUUUUGAAGGAAGGACGGCUUUUUGUCACGAAGCGCAUUCGCAUAGAUACAAUAUCUAUUAUCGUACGCACAUUCGCAAUUGCGGAGUCUCAUGUAUUGUAUAUAUAUUUAAAUAAUUAGCUAGUAUCAAAGAGGAGUUACAGAGAAUUUGAUAUUGGGUAUCGUCGGAGAAGCAUCCAUGAGAAAAAGAUGAGGCGAUAUAAUCGGAAUGAAGACCAAAGGGAAGUAGGAGAAUCAUUUUUGUCACCAUAUCACUGAUCAAACAAAAUGUACGAUUUAUAAUUUUAUUUAUCGAGAAUGGGAAAAAUGAUUUCGCGAUUUAUGGUGCUACAUCAUGUGUACAUACAUAUAUACGCGUACAUACGAUCGCAUGUAUAUUUUACUUAUCUGUUGAUUAUUAUCGCAAUUAGCGCGCAUAUCCCAUUAUUAUUGUAUAUUAUUAUUAUGAUUAUCAUUAAAUGGGUUAUUAUUAUUAUUAUAUAUCAUUACUAUUAUUACUAUUGCUACUAUUACUAUCGUUAUUAUUAUUAUUAUUACCGCAUUAUCAUCAUCAUCAUACCAAAUACUGCAGUACUUAAAACACGGACGUGAGAGAAAUUUUGGUACUUUGGAAAACACGCGACACUAGAACCGGAGGCCCAUUGUCAUUGUUAAUUUGCGCAAGCAGUGAUUCAAUAAACUUGUAUCAUAACUAA